AUGGAUUGGUCCAACUCUGAUUACGAGUCUUUCAAAGCAAACUCGACUACACCGGAAGUCUUUGAAUGGUUUAAAGUCAAACUAGGAAGAGCACCUGAAGGCUCUGAUAUCUACCGUUUCGCAAAGGGGUUCUUCGAAUUGGGGUCUUACUCCCGUGCCUUGUGCUGCCUACAAGCAUAUAUCACACUGCCAAAUCCAUCGCCACAAGCGCGACAUUUGCUCGGAUACUGCUACUUGAAUUUGAACGAACUGGAAAAAGCAUUACGAGAAUUCAAGUUAUGUGUAAAGGACAACUUCCACGAAGACUGGCAGCUAGUAGUAGAAUUGUUGCUCGAGAUUGCUCAGAAACAGCAUUCACAGUCGAGUGAACCCCAAGAAUAUUAA